AAGAUUCGAAGGAUGGUUUGACUGUUUAUAGAUAAAGUCCUUAGCUAUGGUUAGCAUCUAAGAAACUAUGUAUUUGAGUUUGGGAAAUUUCUUUGGAAGCAGGGAGAGCAGUUGAGGAAAGACGACUCAGACUUUAAUUAGUGGUAAGGUUUCCAUGAAAGAGAAUAGAGCUACUGGUGGUGAUCUGUUUGGAGCAAUGGCUGCAGGAUCCUCUCCUCCUCGACUCUAUUCUCCGGCGCAACCACAGUACCCAACACCGUCAUCGUUCACCAUCAACUCUAUUGGCUCAACUACAUGGAGCUCUAAACCCACCCUCCAUCUCUGUAAUCUCUUUAUUCGUUCACUGGCUUUCCUCUUCUCCUUCAUCUCUGCUAUCUCACUCGUUGCACCCUCUCCCAACAAGAAGAAAGACGAAGCCACGUUUAGUUUCGGUCUACACCCAGAAUUAUGGUACAGCUUCGGUGUUACCAUUUUGGCAUCUAUAUACACAGCCUUCCAACUCUUCAAAGGUGUAUUUGACAUUGUUCAUAGAGGUCUUCUUAUCUCGGAUUUGGUCUCUGACUAUCUAAGCUUCAUUCUUGAUCACGUAAGUAAUGCCUUAAUCAAGGAUCACUUAAGCUUUUACUUGUUCUUCUUACCCUUUUUGGGAUUGUUAAUGAAUGGCUUAUUGGCUGGUGGGAUGCAACAGCUGCUAUGCUACCUACUCAUUUCAUCAUCUUCACUAUCAGUGCCGGCCAUCCUACGGAUAGAAAGUGUUUCGCCGAUUUGGAAGGCAACCAUUGUGUCUGUGAGCAUGUCAUUCGCUGCUUUCUUAGUCUUCGUAGCUUGUAGUCUUUUGUCUGGCUACAAGCUCUGCAAAAGAAUCAUCUGGUGAAUGUGAAUUCUAAUGUUGUUGUCAAUUCAACUCAGUUCAACCUAAUCCCAACUAAUUAAUGGGGUUAACUACGUAGAUCAUUUUUCUUUAAUCGAUUUUAUUCAAAGACGUAUGUUUGUUACUGAUUCUAAACUCUAUAUAUGUUUUUUCUUACCAUU